AUGAGUAAUGGUUAAUUUUGUAAAAGUGUUGGCCAAUUUCAAAUAGAUCUGACUUCAUCUUUAGGGAAAGGUACAUUUGGAGAAGUGUACUUAGGAAGGGAUACUAAAACAUUUGAGAUACUUGCAGUUAAAGUUAUUAAUUUAAAAGGGAAUGAGAAACAAGUAGAUUAAAUCACAAAAUUGUGUCAGAAUGAAUGUUAAAUCAUGUAGCGUUUAAAACAUCCAAAUUUAGUUAAGUUUUAUUAACUAUAAAGAACUUAAAAUAAUAUAUAUUUCAUGAUGGAAUAUUGUGAGGGAGGAACCUUGAAUUCCUAUAUUGAUAAGAAAUGUCAAAAAAAUUAACUGAAAUAUUUGGCAGAAUCAGAGGCCAGAAUUAUUUUAAGUUAAAUAGUUAAUGGAUAUUAAGAAAUGUAUAAUUAAAAUAUAGUUCAUCGUGAUUUAAAACCAAGCAAUAUUCUCAUGAAUAAAGGAGUGGCAAAGAUUUCAGAUUUUGGGUUUAGUAAAAUCCUAAGUGAUUUUGAAAACUAAGUACUUAUGACCUUUGCUGGGACACCAUUAUAUAUGUCUCCUUAAAUUUUGACUUCUCAAAUAUCAAGACAAUAUUCUACAAAAACAGAUAUAUGGUCCUUAGGAAUUAUAUUUUAUGAAGUCCUCUAUGGAUAGACUCCUUGGAAAGCAAGUUCAAUAUAAGAACUCAUGAUUAAAAUACAAACAGUUCCUAUAAAAUUUCCAGCAAUUCCUCGUGUUUCAGAUUAAAUGAAAUAAAUAAUAUCAAAAAUGUUAAAAGUAGAUGAAAAGGAUAGAAUGAGUUGGGAAGAAUUAUUUUAAUUAUAAAUCUAGCAUGAUCAAGAAUCAUUAUUAAACUUAGACAAAAGUGUUAUAAUGAUUAAUUAGGAAAAAGAUACAUUUAAAAAAAAGAAUCUAGAAAAAAAUUUAAACAGAGGUGUUGUUUAGAAUAUACAACAUGGCAGAUAACAAUAAGAAUAGAUAGAAAAAGCUUAUCCAAAAUUAGAUAAUAACUCAAAUAAAAGUAAAUCAACAGAAUAAUCAGAAUCUUAAAAUUAAUCUUCGGUUAGUCCCAAAAGAAAAGAGAAAAUAUUAUCAUAAAAAGAAAGUUCUUCUUCUCCAAUUAAAACCUUAACAAAUUUUAAUUAAAAUUAGAAUUAGAAUGUUUUAGGAAGAGAAUAAUAAUAAUAGAUAUUAAAUAAUUCUAUAAUAAAGAAGAUUUCAGAUUGGAUUACACAUAAAAAAAAUAAAUCAGAAUUUCUAAAUACAUUGUCUCAAUAAUUAUUUGAGUAAUGGUCUGCAUGUAUAUAAAUUCCUAUUUAUUCAUAGAAAAAUUUUAAUAGCAUUAAAGUGUUUAUUUAGGAAUUUGUUUUUUGUUGACAAAAUACUAGGUACUAAUUUUAUAUAAGACUAUGACAAGAUUAUAAAAAAAGACUUUAUCUAAGUAUUUGAUAUGUUUAUAAUUUUUAGUACAACUAAAAGAUUUACAGAAAAGGAAUGGGCAAUUUUUUGUUAAAGCAAAGAAUAUUUUGAAUCAUUAAAAUUGAUAAAGACAGAUUAUGAUUUAAUAAAAGAAUUUCUUAUAGAAUUAGUUAAAAGAACAUAAUAAUCUCUUUGUGAUACAGAGAUAGAAGAAAUUAAAUUAAUUAAAACUAUUGCAAAUAUGGAGUAGGUAGAAAAAAAUAAAUUUGAUUUCAUUUUCUAAAAUGGCUUAUAGUAUUAUCGUAAAAUUGUCUUGGAAUAAUUACAUAAAGAAUAGAAUGAUAGAAGUUAUUUGGAAUUUGCUGUUCGCUUAAAGGAUUGUUGUAGAAUACAUGAAAUUUUUAAAUUCUAAGUGGUAGAUUUCUUCAAAUAUGAAGAUGAUAUCACUAAUUCUUCUAACUAAUAAUUAUUAGAGUAUUUGUUGAAAUGA